GACGAUAUUAUCCCGACGACUUAGGGCGAGUCGCGAGUUGAAAAUUUUGCAAUAGAGUAGAAGGAAACGAAUCCUCGCUUCAUUUCGUACUCGAUCUGCGUGGUUGAAUUGGAAGAAGAAGAAGAAGGGAUAGCAAAUGGCGAGAUCUACCGGCAAAGAUGCCCAAGCCCUUUUCCACUCUCUUCGCUCCGCUUAUGCUGCAACUCCGACCACUCUCAAGAUCAUCGAUCUAUAUGUGGGUUUCGCCGUCUUCACCGCGCUGAUUCAGGUUGUGUACAUGGCUGUUGUUGGAUCCUUCCCAUUUAACUCUUUUCUUUCAGGAGUGCUUUCUUGUGUUGGGACAGCAGUCCUUGCUGUCUGUCUUCGUAUUCAAGUGAACAAAGAAAACAAGGAAUUCAAGGACUUAGCACCAGAGCGAGCUUUUGCAGACUUCGUCCUCUGCAAUUUGGUGCUGCAUUUGGUGAUCAUGAAUUUCCUUGGAUAAGUGAUUGGGCACUACGGAUUUUUAGAAUGUUAUUCCCUUAGUUUGUGACUGCAAGUAUUACUUGUUAAAGUAUUUUAUGACAUUAAUGAGGGAAGAAAGUUUUCUUAGGUCACCACUUCUAUCAAUGAAAUAUGGAAACAAUAGUUGGAAUU